AUGAGCAGCUUAACUGAACUAUGGUCCAAUUUUAAGAUUGUCCACAGUAAACCUAGACACAGUAAGAGGCAAGGCAGCGUAGAGCGAGCAAAUCAAGACGUACAAAAUGUGCUAACUACAUGGAUGCAGGUGCACAACAGCGCGGAGUGGAGCCGUGCAUUAAGAUUUGUACAGCUAAUGAAGAACGUCGCUGUACAUUUUGGAAUUAAAAGAUCUCCCUACCAAGCGAUGUUUGCCUGCCCUCCUAAACAUGGUUUGUCUUCAACAAGUUUACCUCCUAAACCAUUUAUGCACGUUCACUCUGAGGAUGAACUUGAAAAUAUAAUUCAUCGAGUGAGUGUUAGCAGUGAGACAGGGAUUGAAACGUUACAGGAUAAUGAUCACAGUAAAUCUCCAUUACAAGAGGAUAAUAUACCGACAGGAACAGAGGUUGAGAACAGAGAGAAAGAAAGUAUUCCUAACAAUAAUGACUGUUGCCUGACUGAUUUAGACGAGUCAACUUGUGCUAUUAAAAAACACAGAAUUGAAGCGUACAAGUGCUUAGAAGACCAAGGGCAAAGAAUGCAGCAGUGUUCAGAUCUCUGCUUUCAAACAGUGGAAAAUGGCUGUACUGUGAGAGUUCCAGUCUCCGACUUCGAUAGAGGAAGAGGAGAUGCUAGAUCGAUCUUGGCUGUCGCCCUCGAGACGACGGCCAAUGGCUUAUACCAAAUCGGGACGAGAGAUGGGACGAUAAGAUAUGCCACUGCGGUUACAACUACAGCAUUUUGUCUCAGGUUCCAGUUCGGUACUUGCCCUCUCAGAAUAAUCUCAGAGCAGGAAGUUCCAACAGAGGAAACUGCUGCCCUGAGGACAGUUGAGACGUCUCAGUCGAUGGGAAGCGGCCAAGCAUUCUUCAAAUGCAACUACCCGCAAAAAUGUCAGACUGUGAGAUGCUUAUGUAAAAACAAAAAUGUGCUGUGCAAAUCAAAGUGCCAUGUUGCACGUCCUUGCUUGCAAUAA